UUCGUAAGAAAAAAAACACUAGUUGAGAUACCAAGAUGGCCAAGCCAAAUAUGUUCAUGGCCUUGUCUUUCAUGACCCUCUCACUUGUUCUCUUCAUCAAUUUGGCUGAAAGCAGAUUCACUUUUCCUGAGAGUCCAAGUCCAAGUCCAAGUCCAAGUCCAAGUCCAGCUAGAGAACUAACAUGUUUGAAGGUGGUGAAUGUGAAGAAUGGAUACACAUGUUUGGACAUUUCCAAGACAUUUGGUUUGGGCAGUGAUGUCUUUAAUGCUAUUAAUCCAAACCUCAACUGCACUGCUCUCUUUGUGGGUCAAUGGCUUUGCGUUGAUGGCACCUUGUCUUAGUAUCACACCAACGAAAAGCUGGGGCUUUUUAAAAGUAAAAUGAAUCUAUUAUGAUUUGUUUAAAUAAGUUGAAGAGGCAGAAGGGCGUGAUCCCUCUGUUGAUGCCUGAUUUUGUUGAGUUUAUUGUAUU